GUCAAACUCCCAAGAUCCUUUGAACGCAAUCGCUUCGUUUUGUACUUUGAUGGCUGACUCUGAGGACGAUCGUAUAAAUAAGUCCAAUCUUGUAGUCAACCAACAUUAUGACGAAACUGUCGAAGUAAACGACGACGAAGAAGUAGCAAGCACUUUUACACCGAGCCCAAGACCUGGAGGGAGCCGAGCAAACGCUCCAGGCCGCUUAUCCAUGUCUAUGACUGACCAAAGUGGAGAUGAAUUUGAUCAUGAUGACCUUGUGGAGAAGAAGGAACCAGCAGGUUAUGUUCCAGUUAACAACAGUGGCAAUGAUCAACCACAAAUGAAUCAAUCUAAGCCAAGACAGAGAUUAGGAAAUGAUGAUGAUGAUGAUGAUGAUGAUGGAGAUCAAAGUGACAGUUCAGAUGAUGAUGAUGAUGACGAUGAUAACCAUGGCCCUGCUGUAGAAGGUGCAUAUGAUCCAUCGGACUAUGAACACCUUCCAGUAAGCCAAGAAAUCAAGGAGUUGUUUGAGUAUAUAACUAGAUACACACCUCAAACUAUUGACCUGGAACACAAACUGAAGCCAUUCAUUCCAGAUUUCAUCCCUGCUGUUGGUGACAUUGAUGCUUUCUUGAAGGUAACACGUCCUGAUGGUAAACCAGAAACUCUUGGUUUACUUGUCCUGGAUGAGCCUACAGCAAAACAGUCUGACCCUACAGUUCUUGACCUUCAACUAAGAACAAUAUCAAAGCAAACUAACUUGAAAGCCAUGACUGUUAGAAGUAUUGAAGAUGUAGACAAGAAUCCAAAAGCUAUUGACACUUGGAUUGAUAGCAUAAGAGAACUUCACUUACAGAAACCUGCACCAACUGUCCACUACCAAAGAAACAUGCCUGACAUUGAAGAGCUAAUGCAAGAAUGGCCACCAGAAUUUGAAGAUCUUUUAAACACUGUUGGUCUUCCCACAGCAGAGCUGGAUGUAGAUUUAGCUCAGUAUGUGGAUCUUAUUUGUGGUAUUCUUGAUAUUCCUGUCCAUAAAAACAGAAUACAUUCACUGCAUGUUCUCUUCACGCUGUUUUCAGAGUUCAAAAACUCUCAGCAUUUCCACCAGCUUGCAAAAGACAACCAGUUAUCAAAUGAUCUGAAGCAACCGUCUAAAGAUGACAUAACUGCAGCAACUGACCAACUGUCAUUAAAUGAACCUGCUGACACAUUGACCUUUGAUUAAACACAGCAACUUUAAUAUUUAUUACUCAUUUACAAAAACAUGUAAAUAUUGAUACUUUUCACACAUGAAUAAGACAAUAACCAUAGUGUAUUGAAUUAUUUGAUUGGAUUCAUUGAUAAAAAUCACAAGUAAAGAAUCCUAUCAAAUAUUCAAGUUGAUAUUAGCAUUAUUUUCAAAACUAGAGGGACUGAAAGUGGCUUGUUGUAGCAUGCAUUUAAUUGUACAUAUCUCCCUCUAUUAACUAUGAUUCAACUGUAUGAAGGACAGGAUUACUUAAAAAAUGUCAUUGAAAUAAAACAACAAAACAUUUA